AUGGUCCCAUCUCUCAAUGCUGCUCAGAAUUUGACGUUUGGAGAUGUUUAUAGUGCACUCGACACUGCCACAGGAGGAGAGGUGGCAAUAAAAAAAAUAAAUCUUCAAGGAGUGAGGAGGAAGGAGCUAACCUUUAAUGAAAUCAUGAUCAUGAAGAGGUAUAGGAGUCCCAAUGUUGUGAAUUAUUUAGACAGCUACCUUCUGGGCGAGGAACUCUUGCUGGUUAUAGAGUACAUGGAUGGAGGUGUCCUGACCGAUAUCAUCAGCCAGACCUGCCUGUCUGAAGAUGAGACAGCAGCCAUCAGUCGGGAGUGCCUGCAAGGACUGGAUUUUCUUCAUUCAAACGAUGUGAUCCAUCGAGAUGUGAAGAGUGACAACAUCCUUCUCAGAACUGACGGUUCUGUCAAGCUGGCUGAUUUUGGCCUCGCUACUCAGCUCACCCCUGAGCAGAGCAGACGGUGCUCGCUAACCGGGACUCCUUGGUGGAUGGCGCCUGAAGUGGUGACAGGUCAACCAUAUGGCCCCAAAGUGGACAUAUGGUCUUUUGGAAUUGUGGGAAUUGAAAUGAUAGAACAAGAACCUCCUUACUUGAGCGAAAGUUCUGGCACGGCUACACACCUGAUAGCCACAGUAGGGACUCCACAGCUGCAGCAGCCCAAGCUCCUCUCAGCUUUGCUGCGUGACUUCCUGAGCUGCUGCCUGCAGAGAGACGAGGAGCGGCGCUGGUCUGCCAAGGAGCUCCUGCAGGAACUUUAUGUCUCCUGA